AUGGCCGGGGAGCUGUCGGCCGAGGCCGCCGAGGCAGACAUGAAGGCAGCCGAGCUGGGGCUGGGAAUGGAGGCGGGCAUGGCGGCGUGGCACGCCAUCUGGGACAAGCUCGUGGGCAGUGAGAAGGACGCGUUCAAGCGCAAGAUGGACGCCUGCGACGGCGCCUACAAGACGUUGCAGCCCGUCCUGACCGACUGGAACACGUGGCUCAUGACACACUGUCCUGACUGCCAGUCGUUCGGCACAACCCGCGCCGGCGGCGUCACCAUCUCCAUGUUCCAGGCGUUCGAGGUCGCGCCGGCCCUCACGACGGCUACCCGGACGGUUAAUGCGCCGGGGCUCAGUCCGCUUACCGAGAAGCUCGAGGAGUUGUGUAACAAAAUGCUGCAAGAGUCCAAUGCCAUCGCGAGUGACUUUACGGAGAUGAGGGCGAAGGAUCUGAAGGAUCAUAAGGCGGAGCUUGAGGGUGUGCUGAAGACUCUCUAG